CAAGAGCGAGUCUGACUCAGAAGAACAGCAGAGAUUCACGCAGGUAAAGUGACCUCAUUGACCCAGGAAUCAUCGUUCUUCUAAAACUGAACAAGAACCGUGAGAGACCUUGGAAAAGGAGAGAGGAGCACGUGGCUUUACCUCAAAUUUUGGAGGUCUCAGAGGCAGAGGGAGUUGGAGAGGAGCACAGGACAGAAGACGAUCACAAAGCUGUCAAGGAAGAGAGCUGGCAGUUGGAAGAGGACGUGCUGGUGGAGAAAGAGGGUAUCCGUUAAUGGAAGGAGCGGUUGGAGGGGAACGUGGGUGGAAUUUGGGAGGACUCAGAGGGAAUGAGGCGAGAAGGAGAGGUUGGAGAGGACAUACGUCAGGUGACAGAAGAGGUGGUGGAGGUGAAAGGCUAGGUAGAAAUGGAGAACGUCAGCGUCCUCAACUGGGCUGGAGAGGACAUAUGUCAGGUGACAGAAGAGGUGGUGGAGGUGAAAGGCUAGGUAGAAAUGGAGAACGCCAGCGUCCUCAACUGGGCUGGAGAGGACAUACGUCAGGUGACAGAAGAGGUGGUGGAAGUGAAAGGCAAAGCACAAACGGAGAACGUCAGGGUCCUCAACUGGGCUGGAGAGGACAUACGUCAGGUGACAGAAGAGGUGGUGGAAGUGAAAGGCAAAGCACAAACGGAGAACGUCAGGGUCCGCAACUGGGCUUCAAAACCCUGCAGGAUAUUUCUAAACAGGAACCGUCGGUGGUGGCCAUCACCCUCUCCUUGCACCCCGCCAUGCCCGAUUUACUGAAGGAAACCAAUAUGGAGAAGAACCGGGUGGAGCUCCUCUGUUUGGUGCUCAGUAAAGCAUUCACGGCUAAAAACAACAGAAGCACCGUGCAGCACCUGGCCCGUCUCUUAAAAGAUUCAGGCUUCUUUCGCACCACCCUGCCGCACUACCUGGCCGGCAUGUGGUCAGAGCUCAAUCCGGUCCGCAGGAAACAGGAGCUGGAAAACAUUGUGGUGAUUCUCACGCAGGUCCUCACCAUCUUCCCCGCUAGCUCUGUGGAAGCAGUGGGUUUGCUUCUGACACUGCUCCAAGCCUCCAUGAACAAAUUGCAAACAGCAGGAGUUAAUAUCCCUGCUCAGGUGGCAGAAAGCGUAGAAAAGCUUGAGAAUCUGGUGAAGCACGUCCAGGACCGGUCUUGUGAAGGAACUCUCCACCCGGGCAGGGACACCUACAGUCUCCUACACAGUGAUGUUCCAGGCGAAGAGGAGGAGCAGCCGAUUUUUAGGAACCUUCCCAUUUUCCCAACUCCUGAAGAGUUGGAGGAGGAGAGUAGGCCCUCUCUUAGAUCCAACAUCAUCUCAAAGCGGUACACCAACACUCUCAUCUACCUGGACACGCACUUCAGGCUCAUGAGAGAGGACUUGUUGCGGGGUCUUCGUGAAGGGAUUCAACUGUUGCGUCAGAAACGGAUGGAACUGGAUGAUACAGAGCUAAAGAAAAAGCGCUUUGACGAUAUCCUUGUGUAUUUUGACGUCAAAAUCGGGCUGCCCCAUUGCAUACGGACCAAUCUUGCCUACGGCAUCCAGUUUGAUGUACAGCCACUUAAGUCUGUGCGCUGGGAGAACUCCAAGAGAUUGCUGUACGGUUCUCUGGUCUGCCUGUCCAGUGAUAAUUUUGAGAGCUUCCUGUAUGCCACAGUGGUGGACCGGGACCCCAAGCAAGUUGAGAAAGGAAAGAUCCUGAUUGCGUUCACUGACGAGAGCAGAUUAAAGCUGACAGGAAUAGAGAAAGACCAGGUGUUUGUGAUGGUUGAGACCCCCGCCUACUUCGAGGCCUAUCGUCAUGUUCUAGAGGGCCUGCAAGAACAAAAUGAAAACGACAUGCCCUUUCAGAGGUAUAUCGUGGAGUGUAACACAGACGUGCAUCCACCGGCGUAUUUGCAAGAAAACGACCUUUAUAACCUAACAUCUAUCACUCUACGCGAGUUGCGAUUGCCACCCUUUCACAUCCUGAAGGAAGAAGCCUGGCCCAGGCAGACGGUGCUGGGCUUGAAUGAGUCUCAGAUGCAAGCCCUCCGACUUGCCCUCACUAAGGAGCUGGCCAUCAUACAAGGACCCCCUGGCACUGGAAAAACCCAUGUUGGCCUAAAGAUAGCGCAUGCUCUUCUGGACAAUCGAGAACAUUGGAAUAAUUCGCAGAUGCUGGUGGUGUGUUUUACCAACCACGCCUUGGACCAGUUCCUUGAGGGGAUCCUUAAAUUUCUUCCAAAUGGCAUCGUGCGUGUGGGCGGCCGCAGCAACAGCGAGCUUCUAAAGAGAUUCAAUAUAAAAGAGUUGACCAGUGGGCCGUCGAGCAAAAUGCCUUUGUACCUGCGCAAUGCAUUCAGAGAUAUCUACUUGGAGAUGGAUAAACUAAAGGAAACGAUCCAAUAUCAAAACAGCAGACUCCAGUGCUCUCUGGAAGGUAUCCUGGCUGACUCUAUCCUUGAGAACAUCAUUUCCCAAAACCACUGGGACAGUCUGCACCAACACCUUGGUUACCGGAAAGGGAAUCUCAAGUCAAGUGUGAUACUGGAGUGGUUGGGCUUGCACUCCACUGGCAUCCUGCAGAUGGAGACAGAGGACACAGAUGGAGAUGGAUUCUUAGGUGCAGCAACAGGGGACGAAAUGGUGCUGUGGCAGCAGGACCUCAUCCAUAUCGUAGAGGAGGCCGAAAUGAUCCAGGCCGAUCGCAUCAUUGACGACAACACUGACCUCAAACGCGGAAAAAACAUGGCAUACUCAGAGUGGCACUUCAGAAACAUGCAGGAAUCGAUGUUGGCUAUGAACCUGGAACAGGACAAAGGAGAGCCUGAGCAGCCUGAGGAAGAAUGGAUGUAUCAACGGCAACAGAAGCGUAAAAUGAUUAAUAAAAUGAAGAGAGAGCUUUCCAAGUCAGAAACUAUGAGCGAAGAGGAGGAAAAGAACGUUCUGCACAUUUGGGCCCUCAGUAUGCAGGAUCGAUGGAGACUUUAUCGGCUGUGGGUGGUACGCUACAGAGCUGAUAUCCGUACCGGCACUGUACCGUUGGAAGAUGAAUACCAGCAGGCGGUGGACAGAUACAACGAAUUGAAACAUGAGCAGACCCGCUUCAUCCUGCAGCGUGCCAAGGUAAUCGGCAUGACCACGACAGGGGCGUCCAAGUUCCGCAAGGUUCUGCAGGAGGUGCGCCCGAGAGUGGUGAUUGUGGAAGAGGCUGCAGAAGUUCUGGAGGCCCACAUCAUCACGACACUCAGUCAAGCAUGCCAGCAUCUCAUCCUCAUCGGAGACCACCAGCAGCUGCGUCCCACUUCCACAGUAUAUGACCUGGAGAAGAACUACAAAAUGGGGGUGUCCAUGUUUGAGAGGCUGGUGGGGAUGAGACUACCUUUUGUCCGACUCAACCAACAGCAUCGCAUGAGGCCGGAGAUUGCCCGCCUGCUGACUCCAAAUAUUUAUUCCGAUCUGGAAAACCAUCCCUCUGUGUUGAACUUUGACGACAUCAGGGGCCUCAAUACAAAUGUGUUCUUUGUGGAACACAAUGAACUGGAAACACAGUUCAAGGAGGAUCGUAGCCACCAGAACCUCCACGAAGCCCAGUUUGUAGUUGCUUUUUGCCGCUAUCUUCUCCUCCAGGAGUACAAGCCAGAGCAGAUUACCAUUCUGACAACCUACACAGCCCAGCUCCACUGCCUGCACAAACUCAUGCCUGGCAAUCUGUUUAAAGGUGUCAGAGUCCAUGUGGUGGACAAGUACCAAGGAGAAGAAAAUGACAUUGUCCUGUUGUCUUUGGUGCGCAGCAACACCCAAGGUAAAGUUGGCUUCUUGAACAUCUCCAAUCGUGUUUGCGUCGCCUUGUCCAGGGCCAAGAAAGGUCUCUACUGCAUGGGCAACAGUGAGAUGCUGGGAAAAGUGCAGCUGUGGAAAAACACCUUCCGAACCUUGAAGGAGAAGGAUCAGAUCGGGAGGGCGCUAACUCUUUGCUGUCAGAAUCACGCAGAAAGUAAGAUUGAAGCCUCUUGUGCUGACGAUUUCAAGCAAGCCCCAGAGGGAGGCUGCACCAAACCUUGUGAGUUCCGUUUGGACUGCGGCCAUGUGUGCGAGAGUGUCUGCCACCCUUACGACAAAGAGCACCAGAAAUACCAGUGUCUCAAGAAUUGUGAGAGGAUUCUAUGUCCUUUGGGACACAAGUGCUCACUUAAAUGCUUUGCAGAUUGUCCAAAAGACUGUCCAAUCAGGAUUGAAAAGAUUAUACCCAAGUGCCAGCACAAGCAAAUGGUUCCCUGUCACCAGGACCCAGAGGAAUUUAUUUGCAAAGUUCCUUGCCAGAAAACGCUUCUGUGUGGGCAUCGGUGUGAUUCGAUGUGCGGGAUUCCCUGCACCAGCAAGUGCAUGGUCAAAGUCAUGCUACAACUAAGCUGCGGUCACAACCAGCUAGGAGCUUGUUUUCACAAAACGAUGAAGCAUGCCAAGGAGCCACUGUGUAUGACAUCGUGCGGGCAGCAACUCAAAUGCAACCAUGCCUGUCGUGGAACUUGCGGCCAGUGUAACAAUGGCCGGUUCCACUUAUCUUGCAAUCAUCGGUGCAAGCGUCUUCUUAUCUGUUCCCACGAGUGCACUGAACCCUGCACCAGCAGCUGCCCCCCCUGUGAUAAGCCGUGCGAGAACUGCUGCGUUCACAGCAAGUGCAUGAACAAGUGUGGACAGCACUGUGCUCCUUGCAAUGAGCCCUGUGCUUGGCAAUGCGUCCACCAAAGCUGCAGUAAGCUAUGCCACGAGCCGUGCGAUCGGCCGCCAUGCGACCAACCCUGCACCCUGACCCUGACUUGCGGUCACCCGUGCAUUGGCCUGUGCGGGGAAAAAUGCCCAAGCAAAUGCCGCAUCUGUCAUGAAGACAAGGUCACCGAGAUUUUCUUCGGCACAGAGGAUGACCCCAAGGCUUGCUUCCUCCAGCUGGAGGACUGUGGCCACAUCGUUGAACACACGUCCAUGGAUACAUACAUGGCGAUAGAUGAUGAACCCCAAGCCAGUGAAGGGCAGCUGGCCAUAAAGCUGAAAGAAUGUCCAAAGUGUCGGACUCCGAUCCGCAAGAACCUACGCUAUGGAUCUCAUAUCAACAGAAGUCUUGCAGCGAUAGAGAUGGUGAAGACAAAAAUAAGGGGAUCUCAGGGCAGCAUAAAUUUACAGAGAUUGGAGCUUCUGGACACUCUAGGGAGCUAUAAGAUAAACUCAGAUAAAGACAUGAAAAUAAAAAAAAUUCUGCGCAGCAAGGACCUUACGGCCAAUGACUUAUGGGUCAUCCAAAACAAUCUGAACUUUAUUGACAGAAUUGAAAAACUACUAUCAAUAGUCAGGCAGAAUACCACAUUGACCAACAUUUGCGAGUUUCAGAAGAGUAUAAACAACUUCCUGCUCUGGAACGACCAAUUCUCUCAAAAAUUCACAGAGCAGCAGAUGUUUGACAUGCAAAGGGAGCUGCAGAGGCUCACGCUGAGGGCCGAACUCAUCGUCCUUUGCAGCAGGGCGGAGAAAAAAGGGAAACAUAGCCUUAUCGAAAGUGAGACACAAAUAAUGAAAGAGACACUGGGAAAGAAUGGCCAGUUCACCGAGCAGGAUGGAAAAAGACUGAAAGACGUCAUUGAGGAAAUGAAGCAAAAGGUGUCUGUCACAGGUUUGGACAUCAGUGAGGAGGAGAAAAAAAUGAUCGUCACGGCCAUGAAAUUGCAACCUGGACACUGGUACAAAUGCCCCAACGGCCAUGUCUACGUUAUCACCGAGUGCGGGGGUGCUAUGGAGUCCCGACAAUGCCCUGACUGCAAGGCCACCAUCGGCGGGAGCUCUCAUAGGCUGGCCGACGGCAAUCAGGUGGCGUCGGAAAUGGACGGGGCCCAGCACGCAGCGUGGUCCGAGGCCAACAACCUCAUUAACUUUGAAGAUCUUCACCUAUAGGCAAGGCUAACUAGCAGUUACACAUAUGGUUAAAUGUCUUGGCGUGCUAGAUUCAUUCUGAAGUAGAUUUUUGUCUUGUCUUCAACCCAAUAGCUCGCCUCAUCACUUGUUGCAAGGCAGAAUUUGUGGAGACCAAUCAUCUAUGCCCUAUUACCCAUUUGGAAAAAAAAAGGACUUUGUGGAGACCAAUCAUCUAUGUCCUAUUACCCAUUUGGAAAAAAAAAAAGGACUAAUACCAGCCGCUCCCACUUCGCAGUUUGAAUGGCAAACUGGAGGAUGACUACCAGGCUCAUAAACAAAGCAGCAAAACAGCACCGUCAAUUCAUAAAUCCUUCUUACAGAAAAAAAACUGCGAGCAAUAAAAAAUAAUACAGAAUUUGUUAAAACGAAAUCAAAUUUUUUUUUUUUUUUAAACCUUUUAACCGUUUAGAGGGGAACUGCACAUUUUUUUGUGUGCAAUUUUGCCUAUCAUUUACAAUCAUUUAGAAAGACAUGACGGAUGUCAUUUUUUUUGCAUUCUAAGUAUUAAAUAAAUGCAAUUGAAAGCCUGCUUACAAUGGAGCCUAUGGGAGCCGCGCAAUUCCACCUACAAAGCCUGUACAAAACAUCCAAACAUCUCCAUUGAGGUUUUGCAUACAUAAUGUAAGUAUAUAUUUAAUGUAGUAAUGAGCACAUUUAUAGUAACAUUUAAAAAUGUACGUAUUUUGAUCAUUUUAAGCAUACGCGGCGCAUUAGUGACAAAAACGCAUCACGUCUGUUUUUUUUUCUUCACGCACUUCACUUUAUGAAAGACAGCAAACAUAAUAACACAUCACUUACUGUACAAGGUCUGCCGUCAUUAGGAUGCCAACUACUAGGAUGUUCAUACAUUCCCAUUUCGAUUAAAAAUGACUCAUAUUUUGUGUCGUCCUCGCCAGUUUCGGGUCCUUGUCGGAAUACAUACUCAGACUUCUUCUGUGCCGGUGAGAUGCAUGACUUAUGAUCUAGAAUAAACUUACAGGGGGCGAAGAAGCGAUGUAAACAUAGGCACACAAGCUUGUGAUCACGGCCCCGCAAUAAAUAGUUUGUCUGCAUUAGCGCUCAUAAUAACAAUAUCAUGAAUACUUGGUUAAUAAUCAAGUCACAAAAUGUAAAUGGAGUAUUGUUGGUGCUUUUUGAAUGGUUAUUUAUUGGAUUUUAUGGGCCAAAUAGUUGAGCUCCCAUUGGCUCCGCUUUAAGCGGACUUUCUACGUUUAGUCAAUAUUUAGAAUACAUUAAAAAAAUCCAUUCGUCAUCAUCCAUCCAUCCAUCCAUUUUCUACCGCUUAUUCCCUUCGCCCGAUUGUAGCUGAGAUAGGCUCCAUUCGUCAUCAUGUUUUUCAUAAUGAUUGAACGAUAGGCAAAAUUCCCAAAAAAGUGCAGUCCCUCUUUAAAUUCCAGGUUUUUGUCAGUAUGCCACGAAUAAGCGGAAACUAUGAAUUUUUGUAACUAUACUACAUGCAAAAUAAGCCUUUUGUUUAGAAUUACUAUUGUAGCCUGGGGAUAUAUUACUGUGUUUGUGUGUGUGUGUGUAAAAUGCAUUCUGUUGACCGCACAAAAUGCUAAACAAGUAUUAUUUUCCAGCUUUUAUAAGCAUCAUUUUUAAACCAUUAUCAUCCCUUACACUAUUUGUUUUGAAGCUUAAACUAUUUUAAUCCCUUAUUCCAUCCAUCCAUCCUGAAUAAGAUACAUGUAUUGAGCUUUCAUGGAAGUGGGUUGAAAAAAACCAACUCGGAUUUUAUUGUCAGACUUUUUUUUGUGUGUUCCUCACUGUGUAUUUUAGACUUAUCGUACACAAUUUUCAUGGAAAAAAGUACAGUAGUAUAGUUGUAGUGCAUAGGUAGUAGUAGUCAUAGUAGUCUAUAAUAGAAUCAUGAAAUCUUUGUUGGAAAUAAAGAUUGGUAGGGUAUGUUGUAAGCACUUUGUUUCACACUGUGUCUUUAAAUCACUGCCAGAGCUAAUAUUUACAAGCAUUAACAAAAAAUGUGUGUCACUCAUUAAGAAACUGCAUGUGUACUAUAUAGCUCAGCAAAAUAAACA